UACCGAUGACUUUUCUUGUGCGACUCCUUUCGCUUUCUUUUCUCUCAACCCCUUAAAAAAAAAAAAACACACGAGCCGAUAAAGGGCGUAAAAGAUCUCGCUCCCAGACCUAAAAAUAUACUCUUUUUAGCUUCGGCUCGCUCCAGCGUACGAGACUUCGCGCGAAGUCGUGGCGGGAAGUUCGAAGAGCUGCCCCCCAGCGGCCUCCUCUUCGUUGCGUCGAUGGAACGGAUGGAAUCCUCAGGAGUGCAGUUACCACUAGAGAAUUCUGAGGUCCUGGAUGAAAGGUUAGGUACUUCAGCUGAUGGGUCUUUGUCAUCAAGUAGAAGUUUUAAAGGAAAUGAGAACAUUGGGAAUGACUCGGCUUUUUAUGAAAAGUUUCUCCUUGAUGAUUUGGAUUCUUACUGGGAUGAGAUAAAUAGCCGUCUCAGCAUUUCAAGAAUGGUGAGUGAUUCGGUCAUCAAAGGAAUAGUAAAUGCUGUGGUUGAAGAAGCUGCUGCAAAAAUUGCCUCGAAGGAAGCAGAGAUAGCUACCUUGAAUGAGAUGUUGCGGUCUUGUAAAUCUGAUGCAGCUCUAAGGAACAGGUUAGCACCAGUUGUGAUGUUGCCAAAGCCUUCUGCAAUCAUGAUUGAAAUUGAGAAAACAAAUUCAGAGUUGCAUCAGAUCUAUUCAGAUGCAAGUAUAUAUUCAAAUUAUGAAAAACAAUUGGGCAGCAUAAAGCUUGCAGCAGAAGAACAACUUCAUAGGCUUCAGGAAGAUCUUCAGGAUUUAAAGACCUCAAACUGUUAUGGUAGAAUAGAUGUAAGCUCCAUGGAUUCAGGAAUGUUCAGUAUACUUCCUGCGGUAAAAGCCGAUGAAAAAUUGCUCGAAAUAGAUGGACGAAUUGAUGAUCUAAAAGUAAUGCUAGCAUCAGGAUAUGAACAGAUUAAUGACAUAUUCUUCUCGAUGAAAACUUCAAUAUGGGAAAAGCAAUGGGAACAUGAAUUUCAGAAAGAAAUCAGUAAUUUCAUGAUUCAGAAUUCUAUCAGGAGUCUACAAGAUGAGUUUGAAACAAAAUUAUAUGAGCAAAGAGGACUUAUUAAUACCUUAAUCAAGAACCGGCAGGAGAAAGUUGCUGAACUUGCUACUCUGCGUGAAGAACUUGAUGAUAUUUCCAAAUCAUUGUCGAGCUCAGAAAACAACUAUGAAAGUUUUGAAGAAUGGAGUGCUGCAAAAAGAAAGGAACUAUUUUCUGGAAAAGUUUUAGGAAAUCAUCAUUUUCCGUCUCAUCCUGAGGAAAACGGAACCAUUAUGAUGGAGAAAUCUGAGGAUUCUAGUAAAGUCAUGCUGGAGGUUGCUGAAUUAUCCCAACUGAAGCACAUGACAAAGGAAGAACUAGUAUCUUACUUCAAAACUGAAAUGACCAAGAUGAGAAGACAUCAUGAAUCAGCUUUGCAAGAAAAAACAGAAGAGUUGUUCAGAUUCAAGAGGGAUUUUCUCAAGGAAAAAGGUUCAUCACCUUUCAGAAAAGAUAAGGACUGUGAACUUUUAAAGAAAAAAAUUCCAAAAGUCAUUUUGAAACUCAAUGAGAUUCUUUUGGAGAAAGAAAAGUUGCCUCCAUUCCAUGAUGAUCAUGAUGAAUUGUGCCGUUUGAAGGAAAGAAUUGAUUGCUUGUUUUCAGACAAUCAGCAUCUACGGGGUUUGCUUUUGGAUAAAAGAAAGGAGAUCAAGCAUCUUUCUUCACAGGUCUCUGAUGCGGUGAGCCAAAUUUCGCUUCACUCUUCUGUGGAGCCUAACUUCCUGAAACAAAUUAUGAAAUUCAAAGGGGAUAUGGAAGACAUGAAGACGGAAACUAGCAUUAGAGAUGAAUUAUAUAAUAUUAUUUUAAGGGAGUUGAUUUCUGAGCAUAAAUGCAUCGUGGAGGAUAUGCGGAUUGAGACCAUUUCUCUGCAAGAGAUUGGCUCUGUUAUAAUUAAAGGAGUUGCUUGGGACGCGACUUCUACUAUAAAUUUUGUUAUAUCAAAAUAUUGUACAGAAAAGGCUUCUCUUGAAACCAAAAUUUUUGAAAAAGAUAAGGCAUUAAAAUUUGAAAUUGAAGAGAACAAGAAGUUGAAGCAGAAGAUAGCAUCAUUAUCAUCAGUGAUGAAGGAAAAGGAAAAAUUAGCAAUAGAGACUGGAUCCACACUGAUGCAGCAAAAGGAGCAGCUUGACCUAGUUCACCAGGAACUUGGUUUGUUUAGAGACCAGGUACGUAGGCAAGAGAUAUUGAUAUCAGAUUUCAAGGUGGAAUCAUAUUCAAUGAAGAGUAGGUUGAAUGAGGCUAUGCAGCAAAUUCAUCAAUAUGAGUUGGAGAUAAACAAACUAAAUGAAAAAUUGGAGAGUGCAAUAGAUGUCUUGGAGGAAGAAAGAAAGCAGAAGGCCAUGCUUCAUCAUAUAAUUGAGGAGAAGCAAAAGUCACUAUCACUAUCUGACACAAAGGGUGGAGAGCAAGCAAAGCAGUUGGAUCACAUUAUUGUCACUGCAAUGGAGUUAUCAAAAGUGGCUGUAGACUUUGAAAGCAGAUCUGCAGAGAAAAUCAAAAGAACUGAGUCUAGGUUAAAUAUGCUGAGUCAUCAGUUCGAGUCACUAGUGAAACAGGCUGUCCUUCUAAAGAAAAAGGAAUUCUGGUACAAACAAAUUCUUGAAAUCAGAUGUUCUAACCUCCAAAAGGCGGAAGCUGAGGUUGAUCUUCUAGGAGAUGAGGUUGAUGCUCUUCUGGGUCUUCUGGGAAAGAUUUAUGUAGCACUUGAUCAUUACUCUCCAGUGUUACAACAUUAUCCUGGAGUGAUGGAGAUUCUAAACUUGGUUCAAAGAGAAUUAAAAGGAGAAGAUAUUUAGAAUAGUUGAUCUAUUGCUGUGCCAGGUUUAGCCAGGUCCCAUGUAUUUUCCAGCAAGCAUACGAUGCAAUGUACAUUUUCUUGCAGGCAUCUGUCGAUGGCCUUUUUUUGUUUGUGUUAAAUAGCUCAAGGAAGCAGUCAUUGCUGUGUCAUGGGAUCAGACCUGUCAACAACCAACCCAACCUAUUCUCAGUGCCCUGAGAGCUGUAUGCUCAGGCAGAUGCUUCAGCCCUUUAUGAGUGGGUUUUGGCAUUGGCUUCACCAUCGUUUGUUGACCAACUGCAACUAAAGUUUGGAGAAAAGAGCUGUCGGUUGCUUUCCAUCUCACCGUAGAAUGAUGGAUAUUAUGCAGCACAAGCUCAACUAUGUAUGAUGUAAAUGCUGGUGUUUGUUCUCUUUUUGCAGUAAAUUACUCAUUUAUUUACACGAAUAGCUUGUGGCAUUGUAAGCCAUUUGGGGGCUUUCUGAAUAUGGAAACAAAAUUCAGGCAUGGUCCCUGGCUGAGCCGUAUCUUGUAUGUUGUUCUCAUUUAGCCAUGGAUUGAGAAGAUCUAGUUGCAAGACUAUUUAUGCGUAAUAUGAUAUAAAUUUAGUUUUAGCCGUACAGAUGGAGGCCACAUAUUAAA